AUGGCUGCUCUCAGACUGCCCAGUAAUUGGCAAAACAGAUUCACGAAUGUCGAUGUCGGCACCAUGAUUCCUUGCAUCGCCUGCAACGUCCAAUGUUUCAGAGCACGGUUCUCUCAAAAUCAGCUGACGAAAUAUCAAGAAGCACUUGCAAGAGAGAUGCGAGGUGGCCCCAAAGCCGAGCUUCCCCGUUGCAGAAACUGUACGCCAGAGGCCACUGCAGAAUUGUAUUGCACCGGCUGUCGAGUGACUAAGGAUCUGAGCUUCUUUUCCAAGCAACAGCGAAAGAAGCCCGAUGAUGCGAAAUGCUUGAACUGCCAGCAGGAGGUUGAAGAUCGUGUGCCUUCCCUCGAGGCCGCUUUGGAAGAGGAACGCAUCAGAGAUGACGAGAUUCGUGGCAAGCAUCUCUCUGGCUCGGUUAUGUCGAGCAUUGCUGGCUCCGUCAUCAGCUCCCGCUCCCAGUCGCAAGUACAAUCAGCCAGCGCGAGCGGGAUCUACAUAGUCGGCGAUCGAGAUUCUGCAUGGGGAGGCGACGAAGGUUCUAUCCGCCCACCCUCGCCCACUGAGACUGAGCUUUCUAGCACCCGCAGCACAUCCAGCCGCGCCAAUUCCGGUUACGCCAAGUCGGUUUCGAAGAACAGCUUCGCAAAAUCCCCUGCAUAUGUCGCACCAGCAAAAGCACGCGUCAUGAACCAGCUAGAGCGUGAAGAGAGGCAGAGGCAAGAGGUACAGAUGGGCAGCAGACAUGGUGACUCUGAUGAUGAUGAUGGCGAGUGGGAAUUGUGA